UCAACAAAAGGAAAGAUGUUAGAUCUACUGGACAGACAGCAAAGAUCAAACUUAAACUCCAAAAUAGUUACUAAGGCCAGCACCAUGUGAUGUCUGUUGGCAUAAACUACACGUCAUCAACUCAAUUCUCCAACAUUAAUCUUCUUCGUUUCCUGUGUCAUUAUUACAGUUAGAUCCCAGUCAACCUCUUUACCACUUCGGUGCUCACCUCUUCACCUCCUCUCUCUCCCGAUCUGAUAUGGAUACCAGUGCCGGCCCAAGUUUGUUCCCUUUGCACCGCUGCAAAACUCUUCACCUGGAUAUUCAAGAUUGCCUUCUUUCUUGGCUUUUGCUCGCAAAUCAAGGCAUUGUGGUCUUAUAAAACGAUACAUCCAGGUGAGGCAUGCUCAGGGGAUUCACAAUGUAGUGGGAGAUAAAAACUAUAAAGCUUACAUGUCUCCGGAAUAUUUCGAUGCACACAUUACUCCUCUCGGCUGGCAACAGGUUGAUAAUUUGCGUAAGCAUGUCCAUGAAUGUGGCCUUGCUAAGAGGAUUGAUUUAGUCAUUGUGUCCCCUUUGUUAAGGACAUUGCAAACAGCUGUUGGGGUAUUUGGUGGUGAAGGUUAUACAGAUAGGAUGGAUAUAGUACCGCUUAUGGUAGCAAAUGCUGCAAAAAGUAACCGUGCUGCAAUUUCAAGUCUGAACUGCCCACCAAUCAUUGCUGUAGAACUUUGUCGAGAACAUUUGGGAGUCCAUCCUUGUGAUAAGAGACAAAAUAUCAGUGACUAUCAGCUUCUUUUUCCUGCAGUUGAUUUCUCACUGAUAGAAAGCGAUGACGACACAUGGUGGAAAGCUGACGUUAGGGAGACAAAAGAGGAAGUCGCGGCCAGGGGACUGAAGUUCCUGAACUGGUUGUGGACACGGAAAGAGAAGGAGAUAGCGAUUGUUACCCAUAGUGGGUUCUUGUUUCAUACAUUAAGUGCAUUCGGAAAUGAUUGCCACCCAUUGGUGAAGAAAGAGAUAUGCAAACACUUUGCAAAUUGCGAGCUUCGCUCCAUGGUCAUCGUUGAUAGAAGUAUGAUGGGAUUAGACCCCUCAACAACUAAUUAUCCAGGAAAGAUUCCGUCAGGCCUGGAUCUCCCUAGUGAUGUUGUGGAUAAGAAGGCAGAAGAAAAGAGGACCUGAUACAAAUUCCUUUGUCUAAACAUCAU